AUGAAGACUUUGGGGGAGGAUAAGGGCGCCGGCGAGGACGCCAAGUCGUCGGACGGGGUGAAAAUGAAGAAGGAAUUGGGUUUGAUGGACGGCGUGGCGAUUAUUGUGGGUGUCAUCAUCGGGUCCGGGAUUUUCGUGUCGCCCAAGGGGGUGUUGAGGUAUUCCGGUUCGAUCGGGAUCGCUAUUUUGAUAUGGAUCUUGUCCGGGAUUUUGUCCAUGAUCGGGGCUUUGUGCUACGCCGAAUUAGGUACAAUGAUUCCCAAGUCGGGGGGCGAUUACGCUUACAUAAAAGAAGCCUUCGGCCCUCUACCAGCUUUUUUAUACCUCUGGGUGGCGUUGUUCAUUUUGGUUCCUACGGGAAACGCCAUCACUUCCAUAACAUUCGCCCAGUACAUAGUGCAGCCGUUUUGGGGCACCUGCCCGGCCCCUUACGAAGCUGUUAGGCUGCUAGCUGCAGCUACAAUAUGCAUAUUGACUGUAAUUAAUUGUUACAAUGUUAAAUGGGUCACCAGAGUCCAAGAUAUAUUCACGGCGACUAAAAUGUUAGCCCUAGGAAUCAUCGUACUGGCCGGUAUUUACUACGCCUGCACCGGGCACUUGGAGAACUUCAACAGACCGCUGGACGGUACGAAAUGGGACCCGGGUCACAUAGCUCUAGCCUUCUACUCCGGCUUGUUCUCGUACUCCGGUUACAAUUACUUGAAUUUCGUCACCGAGGAACUGAAAGAUCCUUACAAGAACCUCCCGAAGGCCAUACUGAUAUCCAUGCCGGUGGUGACGAUCGUCUACGUGGUCACCAACGUGGCGUACUUCGUGGUGCUGAGCAAGGACGACGUCCUGUCCUCCGACGCCGUCGCCGUCACCUUCGGCGACAAAAUCAUGGGCGUCUGCUCCUUUCUGAUGCCCGUGUUCGUCGCCUGCUCCACCUUCGGCUCCCUCAACGGCGCCAUAUUCGCCUCGUCCAGGCUGUUCUUCGUCGGCGCCCGCGAGGGGCAGUUGCCGCAGGCCAUUUGCCUGAUUUCCGUCGCCCAUUUGACUCCCGUACCAUCUCUAGUUCUACUGGGCAUAAUAACGCUGCUGCUGGUGAUGGUAGAAGACAUCUACGCCCUGAUAAACUACUGCUCGUUCGUGGAGGCCGUCUUCAUCCUGAUCAGCAUCCUGGGGCUGUUGUACCUGCGCAAGGUGAAGCCGAAGCUGGCGCGGCCGAUCAAAGUGAACCUCGCGCUGCCGAUCACGUUCCUCGUGAUCUGCACGUUCCUGGUGAUACUGCCGUGCUACGUGAGCCCCGUGGAGGUGGGGGUGGGAGUGGCGCUGAUCUUGUGCGGCAUCCCCGUGUACAUGGUGACGAUUUGGUGGCAAAACAAGCCGGCGAUCAUGAGGAGGGCGUUCGACGGUUUCAACAAUGGCUGUGCUAAGUUAUUUAUGUGCGUACCGGCGGAGAACGAGAAGUAUUUGUAG